AUGUCUCAAGAAAUUGCUCGUAUCGUGAACAACUUGCUGUCUCGUUGCGACCUCGCUCUCUCGAGCACGCCUGUCGACGAUGGGUUCCUCCAGCUAUGUCUCGAGGAUGCAGCUACUCGCGGCUGUCCCAUGGAGGCAUCUCCUGGGAUCCCUUCUUUUCGUCCGUGGAAUGUCAGCGGUGCCACAAUUGCGUAUAUUUCGUAUGGCCACUUGGAGAGCCUUCCAGCAAAACUAUUCAUCGCCCUAUACACAUCUCUCGCGGUGUACGCUGAGGAUGUCUAUACCGAUCAGCCCGACCUCGUGAACACCUUCAAUGCCAACUUCGUCACGCGCCAACCACAGCGAACAGCGAUAUUGCAAGCUUUGGACAAGUUACUAGGAGAAACGUCAAGACAUUUCGAUGCAGUUCAAGCCAACCUCAUCACGUCAAGCACUUUGAACUUUAUGACUUCGAUCGCCAUCGAACAUGGGGUCGACAAACUUGAUAUAACUCCUCAUGCAGAUAAGUUUCCCCUGUUCCUUCGGGGACUAUCUGGGAUUGCUUGUGCAUAUUGCCUGUUCACCUUCCCCAUGGAAAUCCACCUCAAUUAUUACAUUCAAGCUAUGCCGUCCAUGAUAGAUUAUAUCAACCAUAUGAACGACGUGCUAUCCUUUUACAAGGAAGAGGCCAACGGCGAGGAUUACAACUACAUAUCUAUUAUGUCGAAGCAUCGCGGCGUGCGGAAGAUAGAAACCCUAGAGCAACUUGCCAAUCUAGUUGCUUCAAGUUAUGAGGUGGCAAACAAUAUUUUACCCACUUCCAGCGCGGCCCACGUAGCUUGGGGAAGGUUUGCUCAGGGAUAUGUUAGCUACCAUGCAUCAUAUGCCCGAUAUAGAUUACACGAGGUGCUCCAGGUGACUCAGAACCUGACAUCGUAA